AUGGCGACCAAGAUGGCAGAGCGCCUCAAGGGCAAGACUAUUGUCAUCACCGGUGCAUCCUCUGGUAUCGGCAAGUCGACAGCAAUCGAGUUUGCGCGGACACAACCCGAUGACCUGAAGCUCAUCCUGACCGCGCGACGAGAGGACACAUUGAAGGAGCUUGCACAGGAAAUCCAGGGUUUCGCAAAAGGCGUCAAGGUCCUACCAGUAAAGCUCGAUGUCAGCAAGCCAGAUGAAGUGCAGGGCUUCGUUGGCAACCUACCACAAGAGUACAAGGACAUUGAUGUUCUGGUCAACAACGCCGGCCUUGUAAAGGGCGUCGCUCAAGCCCCUGACAUCUCCCCCGCCGACAUCGACACCAUGUUCAGCACAAACGUAACCGGCCUAAUCAACAUGACGCAAGCCAUCCUCCCCAUCUUCAAAGCACGCUCCACACCCUCAGGUGACAUCAUCAACAUUGGCAGUAUCGCAGGUCGCGAGCCCUACCAAGGUGGCUCCAUCUACUGCGCUACAAAGGCAGCUGUUCGCUCUUUCACAGACGCCAUGCGCAAGGAGCUCAUCGCUACAAGAAUUCGCGUUAUCGAGAUCGACCCAGGGCAGGUGGAGACCGAGUUUAGUGUUGUAAGAUUUGGCGGCGAUAAGGAGAAAGCAAAGAAGGUGUACGAGGGCGUUGAACCGUUGACACCAGAGGACAUUGCCGAGGUUGUCGUGUUUGCUGCAGGGCGAAGGGAGAAUGUCGUGUUGGCCGAUAGUUUGAUCUUCCCGAACCACCAGGCAGCUGCGACCGUUAUGCACCGAAAACCUGCUGGUCAGUAA